AUGGCUGCGCAACUCUGCCAUCUAAUCCUCGCCCUGGAAUGGGAAGAUGGGAUUUGUCAGGACUUUCCCAAUUUAGGGGAGAAUGCAGAAAAAUUAGCCAAAGCCACAGAAGAACUCGCUUCUGUUGCAAGAAGGUUGGCUGAGGAGUCCAGCGACGAGGUGUUCAAGGAGGAGACGUGUCCUGCAACCGAGUCCCUCGUCCUGGCAGGGAGGUGCGUGCUGCUGGCGGCCCACAAGCUCCAGGUGCAGCCGGAGAACCCUAGCCACAGGGAGGAGCUGGCUGUGUCGGCAAAGAGGGUCUUAACAGAGACAGUGAAGAUCCUUCAGAUGGAAGACGCUGCUGGGGCGAGGAGGAUAAUUCAGGCUGCCAGCUGGCUUUUGGAGUGCUUGAGCGUGCUGCGGGAUGCAGGGGACAUGCCAGGACUGCUGGCUGCUUUCCGGGCCUUUUCUGAGGCCCUGCUUCUGCUGAGCAAUCUGACAGCAAAGUGCCUCGAGGAACUCAGAGAUUGUCCUCGACAGAGGAGAUUGGCCCAAACUUUGCAGCUCCUUCAAAAGUGCGUUCCUUUGCUCCAUGCAGCCAAGCACAGCGAUCUUAAACACUCCUGGGAUCAGCAAGUCAACCUCUCCAAAGGCUACGCUUUCCAGCUGACAGAGAGGACCAUCAAAGAGCUCACUUCCCUGCUUAUCAACAAUACAGGCAGCGAGCAGCCAUGGGAGAGAAACGGGACCUUCUCCCAGCACGUGAGCAGGCUGCUGGCUCUCCUCUCUCACCCAGACCCAGUGCAUCUCUCUGACAGUGAGUUCAGUGCUCAUGUGGAAGCGGUUAUUUUCUACUGCAUGCUUCUAGCAGACUCGUCCAGGCCAGAUCUAAAGCUGGACCUGGUAAAACAUUGCUGGGUUCUGCUACAGCUGAGGAAGAGCAUCUGCAGCCACGCAAGCCAGCAGGAGGGAUGGCCAGGGCAAAGCUGGGGAGAAAGCAGCCUGGAGGAGGAAUGUCACACCAUGAGAAAGGAGGUGGAGACUCUCAACCAGGCAGUGCUCACAGCUACUCUGUGCCAAAUCCUCGACACCUUCUUAGAGGGAAAGGAGCCCCUGAGGCAGUUAGUUGAAGAUGCCCUCAGCCUUGCUGGUACAGGGUGUUUUCCAGCAGGACAAGGAGGACUUUUAAAGAAGCUUCAGCCCCUCACUGCCACCUUCUUCACACAUGCCCAGCAGAUGCUCAGAGUGGCAGACUUUGUUCUGGCCAGGUGCACCAAAACCCAAACUGCUAGAGAAAUCAGAGAGUGGGUAGAGUAUCUGAAGACACUCCUUGCCAGUCUCCCUCCACUGCUCACAGAAAUGAGCAGAAAUACAGCCCAGACAAGCGCUGCUGAGCAACUGCAGUCCUUGUACCAUGUGUGGGCUGGAACAAUAGAAAGCCUCUUGCGGUGUUUUGAGGAGACGGUCAGCAUGCAUGAAUUCCUUAAGCUGUCCAUCCAGGAAAUGGCCAAGCACAGGGAAUGGUGUGAAAAGGCCCUGGAAAGUCAGGACUCUGAGAGGCUCUCUUGGCACGCAACUCACCUCACCAGUUGGGCUCGGUGGGUGGCUGAAGCUACCACCAGGUACAGGGACAGAGCCACAGACCCCAUUUUCAGGAAUGGCUUGCUGGUUUGGGUUGAGCAACUGGCCAACUCCAUCCUUGAGCUGAAAGCAGUCACAGCCCUUUGCCCAGAGAGACUCUCCUGCCUCCAAACUAGGGAUGUCUUUUCAAAGGCAGCAAGCUGCCUGAUGGAUACUGCUCACCACAUCCAGGACGGGCUGGAUGGGUCCAACCACCCAGAUAUCCUCAGCCCUCUCCGAGCACAAGUGCAAAGAACUGAUGUUGCAAAGGGGCUUGAAUUCAGCCCAUUGCGUGCUGGGCUAAAAACCAUUACAGAUGAGGCUGCAUUGCAAGAAGACAUCUUACAUUGUCCAUCUUCACGACCAGGUAACUUACACCUGGAUGUUGUUCCAAGGAAAGGAGAUAUGCACCCUGUCAUUACGGCUCUCCUAGCAGCAACAAGAGCCCAUGAUAUAGCAGCUGUCAACACUGCUUGCUCUGCCUUGCUUGAACUCUCCAACAGCUGUAUCGAUGCGGCAAAGGAAGCACUGCCCGUUGCUGAGUCUCCCCAGAUGGAGACGCUGGGGCAGUACCAGAAGAUUGUAUUACUGACACCAUGUGUUAUUAGCCUGGCCAGGGAAACAGCCCAAAGGCAGCUUCAUCGUCCAAACAGACUUCUCCAAAUGGCACUCACGCUCUCCAAAAGGAUCUAUGAGACCAAAGAGUGUCUGGCAGCCGUGGCAGGCUCUUGGUAUAGUCUGUCUCAGCAAGUAUUUGGCUUUAUCUUGUCUGCUGACUUUCUGAGAGGCAAACAGGCUUUGGAUGAGACUAUGAUGGGUUUAGCAGGAGCAGUUCAGUUAGCAGGAGACAUUGCAAGCGUAGCCUGCAGUAAGGAAAAUCCCAUUUUCCCCAAUGUCUGUGAGAGCUUUCAACAGGUCCAAGCCAAGUUUUCACGUGCUCAGAUGAACACCAAAGUGUUACUUGAGAAAGCAGCGUCCUUCAAUGGCUCCUGCAGGGUGGGAAAGGCCAGCCUGGAGCUGCACUGUGUCCAGUGGGCCAUCAGCAUGCACGUCCUGCUGGGCGUUGUGGAUCGGUUCAUAGGCAGGGAUGUCCUGUUCCUGCAGGAGCUGAGGAGUGCCGUGAAGAACAAGCUUUGCUCACCGAGUCUCUUGGCUGCUGUGUCCGAGAACUCCCUGAGGCUGCAGGAGGCCGCCCGGCUCUCUUACUUGUCCUGCCCUGAAGACCAUGGUGGCAGUGAAAUCCUAGCGCUCAGGGAGGAGAUAAAGGUGCUAAUGGAAGCACUGCUGGAUGCCUCCAAUACCCUCUUGGUCUCCCCACUGUCUACUGCCAGCUUGUACAUUCGCUUUGAGCUCCUGCAGAGAGACUUGGCCCUUAGGGCCAAGGCAUUGUUGCUCCACCUGGAGAAGGUCAAUACCGAACACCUGCGAGUCAUCCGAGAUGUCGUUGGACCAGCCCUGUCCCCCCUCUCUCAAGAGGAGAGGGAGAGAAGCAAACAGGCCUUUGAAAAGAAGGCAAGUCGUCUAAUGGCUAAUGUUCAGUGGGUGAAAACCACCCUCCAAGACGUUCUGGAGGCCAACACGCAACUGCAGUCACAGGCAAACCUGCUCUCCGUUGCAGACCACCUCCUGAUCCUCACAUCUGACGCAGUGGGCAGCGCCAGCCAGCUCUUCCACAGCCACCGGGACAAAAGGCAUCUCCGCCUAGACAGUAUUGUCUGGUACUGGUCAGCAAAGGCACACUACCUCGUCACACAGCUGCAGGCCGUCCAGGGCAUCAGUGGACAUACUCUGCAGCUCAUCAGACAAUGCCUGCAGAAUGUGGGAGACCAGUGCUCUCCAAGACAACACAACAGCACAGCCAAGCUCUUCGCAGCCCAAGAGCUUGAUGCUCUGAGCCACACUGAGUCAGCAGAAACUUGCCCGAGCAGGAGCAGACGAGGAAGUGGAGCUGUCAGGGAGGCACGUGAAAUGUUCUUGUCUCAACAGCACCAGAACGGUCCUCCCAGCGUCUCCUUUGCCAGCGGCCCUGCGAAGCAUGAGAGAGAAGACAGUGACCCAUGGCAGGGUGGCCCCAGUAAGAUGUCCCAGGUCACUGAAGACAUGGCAACAAGGAUGCUUCAUAUGACUCAGUUCCUGAGGAAGAAGGGCCCCAUCGUGAGCAAGGACCAGCUUGUCACCUGUGCAAGGCAAAUUGCUUCUGAUGGGCAGGUGUUCGUUAAAUUUGGCCGCAUUGUUGCGAAGCACUGCCUGGACCAGAGAUGCUCCGCAGAGCUGCUGUGUGCUGCAGAGCAGACCCACACCAUCAGCAGCCAGCUCAGCAUGGUGGCCAGUUUGCCUGCCUCUGUGGAAACCUGCUCUGAUCGCGCAGGGGACAAUCUUCCGGUGUUGGAGUAA